UUACUGUCACUUGUCAUUUGUAUUGAUAAUUGAUAAUAACAGAAAUAAGUAUAAAUAUUAGAAUCUUAAUAAAUUACUUUAUUGCUUUAGGUGCUUAACGCUAAAGAUAGAAUAAAAUGACAAUUCACAAUCUUUACAUCUUUGAUCGUUACGGAACUUUACUGUAUUAUGGGGAAUGGAACAGAUCAAAGCAGUCUGGUAUGUCCAGGGAAGAGGAAGGAAAACUUAUGUAUGGAAUGUUAUUUUCGAUCAAAUCAUUUGUCAGUAAAAUAUCACCUUUAGAUCCUAAAGAUGGAUUUCUAAACUAUAAAACUUCAAAGUACACCCUGCACUGCUUAGAAACACCUUCGGGGCUGAAGUUUGUGAUGAAUACAGAUAACCAAGCUCAAGGUGUAAGGGAUCUUUUAAAGAAGAUUUAUGGCGAAAUUUAUGUCAAAUAUGCUGUAAGAAAUCCACUCUGUGGUAUUGGAGAGCCAAUAACUAGUGAAUUAUUUAAAAGUAAAUUGGAUUCAUUCAUUAAACAGACACCUAUUCAUGCUGUUAGGGCUUCAUGAUAAAAAUUGGUUUCGUGAAUAUUGAUUCAUUAUGUUAUGGGCUAGAGACUAUGUCUAGAUGGAUGCAUUAGAUUGGCUAUAGACCUAUGUGUCUAUAUGUAAAAAAUGUAUGUUAUUGUCAUAUGUCUGUAAUUAAUAUUUAUUUUGUAUAUCUUAUUAGUUUCUAAUAGCAAUGUUAGCUAUUUAAAAGCUUUCUAAUUGGUACAUAAUAAAAUAGACUUUUUUAUUAGUAUUAUAAUAUAUUUUUUCAGACAUUGGUAUAUUUUAUCCAAGUUUAAGUUAAUACCGGGAACAUCUGCUACACAAUUUGCAUUUAAUGCAGU